AUGAGCACACGAACGGCUGCUCUCGCUGAUCCCUCUCGAGGCCCGAACCGGAGCUUUUCGACCCGUUCUGCCCGGUCUGGUCGUGCUCCAGCUCCAGGUUUUCCCUCGUCCUCCUCAGCAGCAGCUGCCCCAGCGCCGGCCUCAGCAGGUGCCACGCCCACUACCGCCGCUGGCCCUGGCGCCGCCCACCACCCCCAAGCCCAAGCUCACACCCGCCAACCCUCACACUCACACACGCUCUCGCACUCACAGUCCUACUCCUCCCGCUCCCACUCACGCUCCAACUCCAACUCCAACGCCGCCAACUCGCAUCUCCCCCCUCACAGCAGCCAUCACCAACGCACCUCUUCUUCCGCCCGCAACUAUCAGCCGCAGUCCCUUUCGCAAAAUGACUACGAGGCCUCGCGCCUAGUCGCCGCCGUCAACGCCCACGCUCAACGAAGCUCCAGCAGAGACCGACAACCCCCGGCCAGGGGCCCCGAUCCCUCGCGGGCCCAUCGACGGAGCUCGUCUCGAUCAAAGAGCAGCAACAACCACCAAAGUCCUCAUCCCGAAAUGGCUCCCUCGGCCACCACGAGCAAUGGCGCCGGCUCCCAGAAUGCAGCCCAACCCCGGGAGCAUGGCCACGCCGAUGCGCCGCCCCGUCCCUCAACUUCCAAGCACGCGAGAUCGCGUACCGUCAUCCCGACCCAAUCUGGAAAAUGGAUGCUAGGCAAGACCAUUGGUGCUGGCAGCAUGGGCAAGGUCAAGCUCGCCCGAAAGGAGGAUGGCAGCGAACAGGUCGCCUGCAAAAUCAUCCCCCGUGGCUCGACCGAUGAUGGCCACCAGUCUCGCGCCGACAAGGAGCGCGCCGAUCAGUCCAAGGAGAUACGAACUGCCCGUGAGGCGGCCAUCGGUACUCUCCUAAACCAUCCCCACAUCUGUGCCGUUCACGAUGUUGUUCGUACCAAUCAUCACUGGUACAUGCUGUUCGAAUAUGUCAACGGAGGCCAGAUGCUCGAUUACAUCAUCUCUCACGGCAAGCUCAAGGAGAAGCAAGCCCGAAAGUUUAGCCGGCAAAUCGCGAGCGCUCUCGACUAUCUGCACAGGAACAGUAUUGUUCAUCGAGACCUCAAGAUCGAAAACAUUCUCAUCAGCAAGACGGGCGAUAUCAAGAUCAUCGAUUUUGGUCUGAGCAACCUAUUUGCGCCUCGUAGUCAUCUCAAGACCUUCUGUGGCUCCCUUUACUUUGCCGCCCCUGAACUCCUGCAGGCUAGGGCGUAUACUGGUCCGGAAGUGGACGUGUGGAGCUUCGGUAUCGUCCUCUACGUCCUGGUUUGUGGCAAAGUUCCCUUUGACGAUCAGAGCAUGCCUGCGCUACACGCCAAGAUCAAGAGAGGUCUUGUUGAUUACCCGGCGUGGUUGUCAAGUGAAUGCAAACAUCUUCUAUCCCGCAUGCUUGUCACGGAUCCCAAGCAGCGAGCGACCAUGCAGGAGGUGCUGAACCAUCCUUGGAUGAUCAAGGGCUUCAACGGCCCACCGGAGAACUACCUCCCUGCCCGUGAGCCUCUGACGACACCCUUGGAGCCAGAGGUUGUUCUAGCCAUGCAAGGCUUCAACUUUGGCACCCCUGAGAGCAUCAACGCACAGCUCACCAAGAUUAUCGAGUCAGAGGAAUACCAGCGUGCGAUCAAACUCUAUCAACGAGAAAAGGACACUCCCCCACCAACCAAGGAUGCCGAGAAGAGAAGGCCAUUUGGAUUUGAUUUCUACAAGCGGAGGAACUCUGGCAACAGCCGUGAUACUCUGACAGGCCCCAGCUCUGAAGCGCUCCAGAUUGGCAGCGACCCUAUGAAUGCCUUUAGCCCUCUCGUGUCUAUCUAUUAUCUGGUAAAGGAGAAACAGGAUCGGGAUCAUGCCGACAUGGCUCAUCCGCCAGCAGCGCACUCCCAGUCGGUGCCGGAGAUCGCACCACCCCAGGAGGCCCAUACUAAUGCUGCGGCCUACGAGAUGCCUGGCGAGAAACCCACCGGUGGCCGCACGAGACCUCGCGCUCGCACACAUGGUGAGGACGACAUGCCUGAAGUGCCAAAGCCUCCUCCGCCUCCGGAGCCCAAGGUUGAGCAGUUCCACAAGAAGGAGGGCACUGCGGCCGGUCUCCUGCGUCGGUUUAGCACGCGGAAGCGUAAGGAGCCUGAGCGACUGGACAAGGACCGGUCCCAUCCUCCUGUUGUGCAGGUUCACUCGCCAGCUGAACCCUCACCCCUCGCUCCCCGAAAGAGCUUCAGUAUCCGUCGUGGACGACGCGAGCGGGAUGAGGCCGCGGAUGCGCGGUUCCGUUCUGGCAGCAGCCAGCCUCAGACCAGCGAGCUUCUCAGUCCGCCCAUGUCUGCUGGUGGCACCAAGGAGUCUCGGCGUACUGGUGGCCUUGGUCGAUCGACGAGUGUCAACUCGGCUGAUCUCAGGCGAAGGAAGGAUGCCCCAGCCACCAGUGGCUCCGAUCAGUCUGUUUUGAACGAGGAUUCUCUGAGUACACACCGCAGCCACGGGCACAGUCGAUCAGUUAGCAUGCGGGCCAAGUCGAUCGGUCACGCCCGGAGGGAGAGCAUUCAACAACGCCGCAUGAGGAGAGAAGCAGCCCAGGAAGCCAAUGUGCCCGAAGAGACGGAUCAGGAGCUCGAGCAGAGUGGUGUCUCAACCGACCGACUAGAUGACACCGAGCUGGCGAAGCCGGUAUACCUGAAGGGACUCUUCAGCGUAUCAACAACAUCCGGCAAAUCAGUGCCAGCGAUCAGAACCGAUAUCAAGCGAGUCCUGCGGCAACUCAAUGUGGACUACACAGAGAUCAAGGGAGGAUUCAGCUGCAGUCAUUCGCCAAGCAUUGACCUUAACAGGGUACAAGACCCUCCUAUGAGCCCUGGGAUGACACCAGGACACAAGAGGCGAUUCAGCUUCGGAGGUCUCAUGAGGGGAGACGAUCGUGAGCGUGAGCGAGAUGAGUUUCGCGAAUCGGAGCGACCUCCCACAACGCCUCGAACACCUGGUCGCCCAGACCGCAGCUUCUCCAACUCUGAGACGUCGUUUGACAGCAUUCCCGGAAGAAGCGGCAACCAGUCAAGGCGGGUGCCUGGGGAGACGAGCACUCAAGUGCAGAGUGAUCUUGGAGGAAGCAUGGUGUUGGAGUUUGAGAUCUUUAUCGUCAAGGUGCCACUGCUAUCACUACACGGCAUUCAGUUCAAGCAAGUGACGGGCAACACGUGGCAGUACAAGAGCAUGGCUGAUCAUAUUCUUCGGGAACUGAGGCUGUAA